AUGACGAAUGAUACAUUGAAACAGGAGCCUCUUAAGGUGGCUGAAAUACGAACGGUAGGCAAUUUUUCCGAUAAAGUAUAUACGGAUUACUUUCGUGCUGGCGGCAAUUGGUGCAUUAUAUUCAUAGUGGCUAUGCUUUGUAUAAUAACACAAUUUGCGGCUAGCGGCAGCGACUUUUUUCUCGCUCAAUGGAUUAAUAUAGAGGAAAACUAUAUGAGCCAAAAGGACAACGGUGUUAUAAAAGACCCGAAUGGUCCUCUCACCCGCAUGCAGUGCAUCUACAUCUGCAGCGGACUGAUUAUGUCAACGAUCAUCAUCACCCUCAUUCGUUCAUGGACGUUUUUUUGGACAUGUAUGAGGGCUUCAAUGCGCUUGCACGAUCGCAUGUUUCGCAGCAUCAGUCGUGCCACAAUGCGAUUCUUUAACACUAAUACUUCGGGACGUGUACUCAAUCGCUUUUCCAAAGACAUGGGAGCGGUUGAUGAGAUGCUGCCCGCUGCGUUUAUAUACUGUCUUCAGAUCGGUAUAGCACUACUGGGCAUUAUCAUUGUGGUAGCCACCGCGAACGUGUGGCUGCUGAUACCCACGGUGCUAAUUGGUAUUGUCUUUUAUUACAUGAGAAUCUUCUAUCUGGCCACCAGUCGUAGCGUCUUGAAGGUAUCAGCGCAGAGUAUCGGUCUCACUAGCAUGUUCCAGUGGAGCAUGCGUCAGAGCGCAGAAUUGGAGAACCAAAUGACUUCGGUGGACCGCAUCCUUGACAAAGUGGACAGCGAGCCUCCUCUCGAAAAUGCUCCUAGUAAAAAGCCCAAGUCCGAAUGGCCGCAGGCAGGCAAGAUCAAAUUCAAGAACGUAUUUUUGCGCUACGCACCGCUGGAGCCGCCG